CCGGAGUGAUGUGGCUUCGUGGAGUUACUGUAGUCUUGAGAACGGGCAACGGGGCCUAAUAAAUAGAGGAAGGGAAGUGAAAUCGUCUUUACUCUUUAGAAAACAUUCGGCUUCCGUUAAAAAUAAAAAAUAACAGCAGUUAUUCCUUUUAAAUAUUGCUGCGCUGUGUCGCCUGUGUGGGCUGUGGACAAUUUCCUUGUGUUUUAAAUUUAAUAAGUUUCCAUUAUCUACGUGCCAUGGAAACUAAAGCCGAUCAGAUUCUGUCGAUCAAAGUGAUGAGGUUGUCACGUCCAGUUUUUACACAACCUGGGCUUUUCCAUCCAGAACCUUGGGAUUUGGUCAGCACAAUUCUAUCCCAAGAAGAAAAUAAUGUUUUAAUAGAAGAUGCUGAUCAAACUCUGGAUAAGACCUUUUCUCCUAAAUUUGGAUUACUUCUACCUCAAAGCUUUGGUACUAUAUACUUAGGUGAAACUUUUCAAAGUUACCUUCGUGUUCAGAAUGUGGGCUCUUGCUUGGUUUCAAAUAUAUCCAUCAAGGCAGAUCUCCAGACAGCUGCACAAAGGCUUCCAUUAACAAAACGUAAUAAAGUGUCAAUUAACCAGCUUGAACCUCAGCAAUCAACUGAUGAUAUCCUAAGUCAUGAAAUAACAGAAAUUGGAACACACAUUUUAGUUUGUGAAGUAUCCUAUCAAAUUGGUGCAGGUGAACAGAUGACAUCUUCUCGCUACUACAAAUUUCAAGUUCUUAAACCUCUAGAUGUAAAAACUAAGUUCUACAAUGCAGAGGACUAUUACUCCGACGAUGUGUACUUAGAAGCCCAAAUUCAAAACACGACUGUCGACCGACCACUUUGCUUAGAUAAAGUCACAAUGGAACCUUCUACUCUGUUUGAAGUUUCAUCGCUUAAUGAAAUAUCAACGACCACUGGCACUCCUUGGUCCAAUAUGCCACAGCUCUUCGGAAAAUGUGUAAAUGUGGUUCAACCGGGUGAAAUCCGCCAAUACCUUCACUGUCUAAAGCCAAAGCAGAAUGUACGUGAUAACCACAGAAUGUUGAGAGGAGAGAGCAAUAUUGGGAAACUUGACUUAAUUUGGAGAACUGCUAUAGGAGACCGUGGACGAUUGCAAACCAGUCAGCUACAACGAAUGGUCCCCAAUUACGGUGAUGUACGCCUGACAAUCCAAGAGCUACCUAAUCCAGUAAAACUCCAUCGGCCAAUUAACUUUGUCUGCAAAAUAACGAACACCAGUGAAAGGCCGGUCGAACUAAGUUUGGUGUUGGAAAUCCGUUCAAAACCUACAGUACUUUGGACUGGUGUAUCUAAUCGGCCACUGAAGAAAAUUGAUCCUAAUCAUUCCACGGAAGUUUCCCUGAAACUUGUACCAGUGAUGCCAGGCUUGCAGAGUAUCUCUGGAUUAAAACUUAUCGAUUUAUUUCUCAAAAGAACAUAUGAUUAUCCAGAUAUCGCCCAAAUGCUGGUUAUCCCUUAACACCAGCGAUUCUGUUGUGAUUAAUUCUGUAUCUCAUGCUUGUUAUAUUUUUUACUUUCCUUUUUGUUUCCAAAUAAAGUGUAUACAUUCACGCUUGUA